GACAUAGAAUGGGGGAUCGGUGAGUGCAUCGUAUAUAAGUGACUAUACCGCGUUGUACCUGGUCCAGACCAGUUCGAGUUCAUCAUCGACAUGAGACACUACGCGACAUUUGCGAUUCUCGCCCUCUCCGCCCUGGCGCUGGCCGAGGCGGCUGUUUACAUAGGUGGCGGAUGCUACGAUUGUAAUCCGCCUGGAGGCCAGGGUCCUGGAGUCUACACAGGAGUCAACGGUGGAGGCGGGGGUGGCAACUAUUACGGAGGAGGCGUCCCACGUGGAGGUGGCGGUGGACGAGGAGGCGGCGGUGGUGGGCGUCCAGUCUACACAGGCAACUUCGGACCUGGAUACAGUAAUGGAGGUGGACGCAACGUAGGCACAUCGUACGGAGGAGGCGGUGGUUAUGAUAACGAUGAUCGUGACUUUACGCAGGUUAUAAGUGGAUAAGUAAACAGUCUGUAAACUUUUGCGACUCUUUAGUCCGCAAAUGAGCAAGGUCUGCUGAUGUUAGGUUUUGUGUUUAUGUAGAAUAAAAUAAAAAUAAAUGGCUUCUGCACGUGUUCAAAAA